AUGUCACCGAAGGAGCUUGGGCGGGGGAACUUCGGCGUGAUUCACGUGUGCGAGAAUCUGGAAACGGGCGAGCGAUACGCGUGCAAGACAAUCACCAAGGCUAAGCUCGAGUGUUGGGAUGACGUGGACGAUGUAAAGAGGGAGGUGCAGGUUCUCGAGACUCUCAGGGGGCACCCCCAUGUCGUCUCGAUCAUCGAGACCAUUGAAGAUGAAAAGGAAGUGCACAUUAUCAUGGAGUUAUGUGAAGGAGGAGAGCUGUUCGACCGUAUCUUAGAGCGCAAGUACUACGGAGAGAGGCAGGCGGCCAAGGUGAUCCGGUCGGUGGUGGAGGUGCUGGAUUACUGCCACCAGCGGGGGAUCGUGCACCGCGACUUAAAGCCCGAGAACAUCCUGCUCGUCUCUAAGAGGAGCGACACCCGGUGCAAAGUGAUCGACUUUGGCAUGGCUUACUGCCUCAAGCCAGGUGAGCGUUGCAAGCUGCGAGCCGGAACGCCCAACUACAUCGCUCCAGAAGUCAUCGCCAAGAACUACGGAGCAGAGGCGGACGUGUGGAGCGCGGGGGUGAUCCUUUACGUGCUACUUUGCGGGUUACCCCCAUUUUGGGGGGAUACCACAGAGGACGUGUUCAAGAGCAUCCUGUGGCAGGAGCUUGAUUUUGAGACAGAGCCAUGGCCGGUUGUGAGCACUGCUGCUAAGGAUCUGGUCAGGAGGAUGCUGACGAGGAAAUUCGACCGGCGAAUCACGGUGUCGGAAAUACUGAAGCACCCAUGGAUCAAGGCACUGACAUAA